CGGGGUCACGGCGCCUGAAGCCCACGUGCGCCGCGGCGCGGAGGCAGCCUCCCGCGGGUGGCUGACAGCAGAGCCCGCCUGCGCGCCUCCCCAAGGAAAGGAUUUUGAUUUCAAAGAAAGGAAGGAAGGACAACUCCCAGCUGCCCCGUCCCGCCCUCUCGGCUCGGGUGGCCGGGCCAUGCCCAGGAAGGAGGUGGCGGCCCAGCAGAGGGGACUUUCCUGGCAGCCCGGCGGCGGCGGCGAGGAGCUCGGACUGUGAGUUGGCCGUGCCCCGGUUCAUGCUUCCUGCAAGCCCUCCCGGAGGCUGGACGCCGCUGUCCCGCCUCGCCACCCAGAGAACCUCCUGCAUUUUCCUCCGGCCCUUGGUCCCGUCCCGCGCCGCCUGGACACCGACCGCCGCAGCGCAGUGCCCUCCGCCCGCGGCGGUGGAUGGCAUGAUGGUUCGGGGAAGGCACCGCGGCCUUGGCCUACCCAGUCGCGACGGCCGCGGGGGCAGAGCCAGUGGCAGUGGCGGCGGUAGCGGGCUCCCCAGCGGCAUGCUAGUGCCCCCCGGGCGCAAUGGCUAGCGGCAGCGCUGGGAAGCCCACCGGCGAGGCGGCUUCUCCCGCUCCACCUCCGAGCACCGUCGGCGGGGCCAGCUCGCAGCCGCGGAAGAGGCUGGUGGCUGUCUGCGACCACUGCAAGGGCAAAAUGCAGCUGGUGGCCGACCUGCUGCUGCUGUCGAGCGAGACCCGCCCCGUCCUCUUCGAGGGCCAGGCCUCCUCCCCCUGUGCCGGCACCGAGUCCUUCGAGCAGUGCCGGGACACCAUCAUCGCGCGCACCAAGGGGCUCUCCAUCCUCACCCACGACGUGCAGAGCCAGCUCAACAUGGGCCGCUUCGGAGAGGCCGGGGACAGCCUGGUGGAGCUGGGCGACCUGGUGGUGUCGCUGACCGAGUGCUCCGCCCAUGCGGCCUACCUGGCGGCCGUGGCCACGCCGGGCGCGCAGCCCGCCCAGCCGGGCCUGGUGGACCGCUACCGCGUCACGCGCUGCCGGCACGAGGUGGAGCAGGGCUGUGCCCUGCUGCGAGCCACCCCGCUGGCCGACAUGACGCCGCAGCUGCUGCUCGAGGUGUCGCAGGGCCUGUCGCGCAACCUCAAGUUCCUGACCGACGCGUGCGCCCUGGCCAGCGACAAGUCCCGGGACCGCUUUUCCCGCGAGCAGUUCAAGUUGGGCGUCAAGUGCAUGAGCACGAGCGCCUCGGCGCUGCUGGCCUGCGUGCGCGAGGUGAAGGCGGCACCCAGCGAGCUGGCGCGCAGCCGCUGCGCGCUCUUCUGUGGGCCCCUGGUGCAGGCCGUGGGCGCCCUGGUGGGCUUCGCCACCGAGCCGCAGUUCCUGGGUCGCGCGGCGGCCGUGAGCGCCGAGGGCAAGGCCGUGCAGACCGCCAUCCUGGGUGGCGCCAUGAGCGUGGUGUCGGCCUGCGUGCUCCUGACCCAGUGCCUCAGGGAUCUGGCGCAGCACCCGGACGGGGGCGCCAAGAUGUCGGACCACAGGGAGAGGCUGAGGAACUCGGCCUGCGCCGUGUCUGAAGGCUGCACCCUGCUAUCUCAGGCUUUAAGGGAGAGGUCUUCGCCCAGGACUUUACCGCCAGUGAAUUCCAAUUCUGUGAAUUAGCACCCCCCACCCAGACCCCUUCUUGCACCCGAAAGGAAAGGAAGAUGCUUACUCUCUGCCCCUCUCCAUGUAUGCCAAAGAGAACCAUAGGUCGUGCCCCUGCCCCCCUCCCUGGUGUGACAUGCUCGAGAGGAAUCUUCCAUGAGGCAGGGCCUGGCACCAAACACACGCACCCCCCAGGGCCCAGGCGCCCCCCAGCCUCUACACUGUACCCCAUCCCCACCCCAGCCCAUCUUCCGGAAUUUCACAACCAAAUCAUAACGAAUGGGGCAGGAAGGAGGUCAUGGGUUCAUUUGUUUUUUUGGUCUUUUUUUUUUUUUAAUUGAAAAAAAAAAGUUACCUCAGUUUUCCCUCCGUAGACAUGGAUGUAGCUACCUUUUUCUUUGUAUGUUCUCGAAGCAGUCAGUGUUGGCUUAGGCGUAUACUUGGUGUGGGAAGAGUGUGACUUUGCCAUGUGAUUUGCCAAUGGGGGGAAAAGCUACUGUGAGUGUGUUUGAUUUUUUUUUAAUUUACACUAGAAAGUGAUUUUUUUUUCUUCCCCCAAAUGUCAAGUUUUUACCUUGCAUGUACUGGAGUAUUUAUUUCAUCUAUUAAAAUGUUAUGUUUCUCAGA